AUGUCUACUGUUAACGUUUUUAGAUACUCAGCUUUAGCUGCUGGUGUUUUCUACGGUGCUUAUCACACUUACUCUUUGAAAUCAGCUGCCACCAAGGCUGAAGAAGCUAGAGUUUAUGCAAAGAAAGAAGCUUUAAUUUUGGAAGCUAAAGAAAAAUUUGCUGAAUUGAAAAACAAAUCUCAACCAAAAAAAGCUGAAGCUGUCACCUCUGCUCCAGCUUCUUCUUCUCCAGCUGAAAUCAACUUGGAUGAUGAUAAAUUAGAUUUCGCUAAAGUUAUCUUGUCAGCUGUUGAAAACUUAGAAAAGGCUAAAAAUUAA